AUGUCGCUGGAGCAACAGAUACAAAGAGAAAGUGAACGAUUUCAAGUUUUAUUCAAUCGUUUAUCUGAUACAAGAUGGAGUGAAGAUGCAACACCAGAAGCACAGUCUCAUUUAGCUGCUUGUCAAAAUCAGGCUCAUCUCGUACAAAGUAAUAUUAAUGCAUUUAAUAUGGCAGCCGAGAAAGAGCAUAAACGUUUGCUCGAUAUCAAGGGGCAUGGUGUCAAACACGCAUGGUACAAGAUUCGAGGUAAACUAGAUCAACGGUUGGAUGAACAAGAAAAACUUUGGCUACAAAAAUUUGAAAAAUGUAAAGUAGAAGAAGAACAUUUGGCUGUUUUGAAGAAUGAAAUUCACUCUGCUCAAACAUAUUUACAGCAAUGUCAAAGUGCUUAUCAAGAGUAUGUCAAAUCUAAACGUGAAUUGGAUGGACUCUUUGAACAUUUCUUUGGUGGUACUACACCUUCUUAUCCUGAAGAAGAUACAAUAGAACAAAAUUUGAGAAGAGAAGAAAGACAUUUAAGCAAUUUACAAAAUAAUUGUCGUAUGUUAACACAAGUUUUUCAUUUAUUACAACAAGCUCAUCAAGCUGUUACUAUUUCUCGACAAGCACUGGAUGAAGCACUGAAUAUGAACACUUUUGAUUUGUUUUCUCAUUCGUCUUUUGCAGAUAUGGCAGUAAGUUCUCACUUAGCUACAGCUAGAAAUGCAUCUGCUCAAGCACAACAAUUACUCAACGAAGCUAGACGUAUAUAUCCAAAUAUACCACAUAUUGGUGAAUUGCAUAUCAAACAAGAUAAUCUUGUUUUCAAUAUUAUGUUCGAUAAUAUUUGGACUGAUAUGAAUAUGAGACGAAUGAUUCAAGAAGCAUCAAAUCGUAUUAGUCAUGCCGAGACAAUUUUGACGGGUGUUGUAUUAGGUAUUAAACAACAAUUAACAACAUGUGAAGCUGAUCGUGAUAGGAAGAGUAAAGAAGUGAAACGUCUCGCAGGUGAACAUUUUACUACACGAGUUUCUAUUGUACGACAUAUCAUAGAACCGCCACCUCCAUAUUCGUCCGUGUAA